AUGCCGCAACAGCAACAGCAAGAACAACAACAGCAGCAACAACAACAAAAUCUCCCUCUCUCCUCCCAACUCGCGCGAAAACGCGAAUGGAACCGCGGCCCACUAACCGAUCUCUUCCCACGCCUUCCAGACUUCAUUCUCGAACGUCUCCUCGACCUCAUCAUUUCCAAAGGCUUCACGUACAAUUUAAGCCACUCCAAACUCUCCAACGCGAAACGCUACACGGCAAUUGUCAUUGCGCAUUGUCGACAUGCGCACUCGGACUAUGAUCAAUUAUUGCUGCGGGAUCGACUGGAGAGGUUCGAGGCGCGCAGGAGGACGGCGGAGCGCGUGUGGAAGGUGUUGAGGGAGUGGUCGCCGUGGGAGAGGGAUAAUGAGGUGUUGGAGAGGUGUUUUCGGGCGACGUUGGUGCCGCCGGAGGAGAGGGAUGAGAGUUGGGAUCCGAUGGACGUGGAUGAAGAAUCCGACUUCGAGGACCCCAUGGAUAUCGAUUGAGAGCAAUGAUGAUGGGUCGAAGCUCGUUUGCAGUUUAAGUAUACAUAACGUAUCUAGAUGUACGAAAGCAACAGUAGCGCCCGCUAGCUGCAAGAAGGAGUGCAAAAUGCGAAAGCUCAUCCUUCAAUAUGAAAGCCCAAAUCGAACGCUCGAAAGCUCAGCUCACGCUAUCCUCAGGACUGGACUCCUCCAUUUGCGGCACCAUCUUGGCCCUCAAUGUACUUGCUGUACUCCUCUAAUCGCCGGGCCUCUUCUGCCUCCUUGUCUAUGUCUUUCUUGAAUGACUUUUUAAACUUUUCUUCGCCAUUUGAAAUGGUUGCUGCCAGAGGUCGACCGGAAUAGCCUCUGCCAUCGCAGGCGUCGGCGCAUGCCCUGGCCGCCAUGGCAUUGCUAAACCUGAUGGUGACCACCCCGUCUUCUUCCCGGUCGAAGAUGGUGAUAUUCUUGACGUCACCGUGCUUCUCCGCUUCUUCCCUCAUAUCCUCCAUAAUGUCUUCUCGCAGACCUUCGUCGUCGGCAAGCUCCUGCAGCGUGAAGACGUAUUUGAGCACCACCACCUUGUCGGCACGAGAAGAAGUCUGCUUCAUCGUCGAGACAUCGUCGUCGGACCAGUCCGCGAGACGACUGUUCAUCUCCUCGGCCUUCUUCUUGGUCUUCACCUUCGAGGGCUUUCCUUUGUAGGCCGCAUUCCGAUCCUCGACUACAGUGUCGUCCUUAACGCUGUCCUCCUUGUGGCGCUUGUAGCUAUGAUCCGCUUCUGCGACCGUGAUGCGGCCCGUCGGGAGAUCGGGAUCGCGUGGGAACUCGUAUCCAUCUUGCAUGUUGAUGGCCAUGGCCACCGACUCUGGUCGAAAGUAGAUAAUCAGGGCUUCGCCCUUGAAGUUGCCGUCUUUGUCGUUGUAUAGCUUAAUGCGCUUCUCGUUGUCGUCAGGGCUCUCCGCAAUGAUGCCGUAUCUCUGAAAACAGGCCCGGACUUCGUCAACGUCGACAUCGCUCGGUAGACCAGACACGAAGACGGCGGUGGAACGGCGUGGCGCACUGGAGGUGGCAGGUCCCGAGGCACUGGCUUUCGCUUUCUUGUUGGGCUCGGAAUCGUCCUGGUUGGCCUUUCGUUUCUUCAUGGGGUCGAGAGCGGGCGCUUCGUCGUCUACGCCAGCGACCUUGUAGAUCUCGGCUUGCUGCUUCAUGAGAGCUUCGUCCAUCUAAAGCACGUCGACAAACACAUAGUUAGAGGGCACGGUCGACCGGUAAUGCAGCAGUAGUACCGUCUUGCUCCACUUGCUUGGGCCCGCCAGCCAUUCCCACUCGUCGCCAUUCUCGUCCUCGAGAAGGUACGAUGAGUUUUCCUUGGAGUAUGAGAUGCGCGGAUCCGAGUCAAAGUCGUCAGGAUCCGCCGGGAAGGGUGCUCGUGGGGCCAUGUUGAGCGGCGGUGGCGGUUGAUGAGGUGUGUGUAGGAGGUGUGGAU